AUGGAGGAAAGUAAAACCCCAGAGGGGGUCGUGGAUCUCGAGGAACCGAAGAAAAUGACCCGAGAAGACUAGAAGAAGAAAGAGCUCGAAGAACAGAGAAAACUUGGAAAUGCUCCAGCUGAGGUGGACGAGGAGGGAAAAGAUAUCAACCCUCAUAUUCCUCAGUACAUCUCAUCCGUCCCUUGGUACGUUGACCCCUCAAAGAGACCCACUCUUAAGCAUCAGAGACCUCAGUCAGAGUAUGAGAGAGAGUUUGCACCCAUUGGGGAUUGGUACAAGAGAGGUGUACAAGAAAAAUCAAUCAGCACAAAAUACAGAAAAGGAGCUUGUGAAAACUGUGGUGCCAUUACACAUAAGAAAAAGGACUGUUUGGAGAGGCCCAGAAAGGUUGGAGCAAAGUUUUCUGGUACAAGUAUUGCCCCAGAUGAGCACAGCCAGAUUCAACUGGCUUUGGAUUAUGAUGGGAAGAGAGACAGAUGGAAUGGAUACAAUCCUGAAGACCACACUCGAAUUGUGGAGGAAUACAGUAAGGUUGACCUGGCAAAGCGUACUCUAAAAGCUCAGAAACUUCAAGAAGAAUUGGCAUCUGGUAAACUAAUAGAUCAAGCUAACUCAAGAAAACAUGAUGAUGAUGCACAGGAGCACAGCAGUGAAGAUGAGGAUGAGGACAAAUAUGUUGAUGACUUUGACAUGCCCGGUCAAAACUUCGACUCCAAGAGACGUAUUACAGUGAGGAACUUGAGAAUCCGUGAGGACACUGCUAAGUACCUCAGAAAUUUGGAUCCAAAUUCAGCCUACUACGAUCCCAAGACUCGAGCUAUGAGGGAGAACCCAUAUUGCAACACUGGCAAGAAUCCAGAAGAGGUGGGCUAUGCUGGAGACAACUUCGUCCGCUACUCGGGGGACACCAUCACUAUGGCCCAGACACAGCUCUUUGCGUGGGAAGCCUAUGAGAAGGGAUCUGAAGUUCACCUCCAAGCAGAUCCAACCAAACUUGAGUUGCUCCAUCAGUCCUACAAAGUCAAAAAGGAUGAUUUCAAGGAUAAACAGAAAGAGACUAUCUUGGAGAGGUAUGGUGGGGAGGAACAUUUAGACGCCCCUCCUCGAGAGCUUCUGCUGGCUCAGACGGAAGAGUAUGUUGAGUAUUCUCGCCACGGGGCGGUGCUGAAGGGACAGGAGAAGGCUGUGGCUCGCUCUAAAUAUGAGGAGGAUGUGCUUAUUAAUAACCAUAUGUGUAUCUGGGGAUCUUAUUGGAGAGAUGGCUAUUGGGGUUACAAAUGUUGCUACUCGAUGGUGAAGCAGAGUUACUGUACAGGGGAAGCUGGCAAGAAAGUAAUGAACAAUUCUUGUGUUCCGUUUGAAGAGGAUGUGGAGGAGGAGGCUCAACAGGAUGAAGAGCCAAGGACUCUUUUACAGAUGCACCAGGAAAAGAUGAAGGAAAAGAAAAAGAAGAAAAAGAGCAAGAAACACAGCAGCAAAGAUUCAGACAGCAGUGAUGAGGAUGAUGAAGCAAAGAAGAAAGAGAAGCUGAAGAAGGCAUUGAGUGCGGAGGAGCAGAGACUGAAACAGGUGGCUGAAAUUAUGCAGCUGGAUGAGAGGAAGCGGCCGUACACCAGCCUAAUGGAAGUCCGUGAACCCACAGAGGAGGAAAUGGAAGCCUUCCGCAUGAAACGUUACAGAGCUGACGACCCCAUGGCUUCUUUCCUAGGACAGUGAAUAAAAAGAUGACUCAAAUGUCUCUUGCACUGUACCACAGAAGCUUCAGUCUCUUUUGUCUGUCACUGCUAGGACUUUUACAUACAGACUAUUGUUUUAAAAUAAAUAUUGGAAAUGUACCAUAUUCGCAGCACAUGACAAUACUUAGACACUAUUAGAGACUUGUAAAUCUUUCCAUUUUGUUUAAAUGAUGUUAUGCUGUGCAAGCUAAGCUUGUAAGUAUUUUUUGUCAGUCACAAGUCAUCUUCUGAAAGUCUUUUUUUUCUUUUGACAGUAUAUAACAAGCAUUGUUUUAUUUGUCUUGUAAAUACAAAUUGGCCAUUAAAUCAUAAAUGGGU